AUGUUUGGGAAACAAGACAAAAUGGACGUUAGAUGCAAUUCAGAGGCUGAAGCGAACCGGGUCUCGAAGAACGGACAUAAAGAGGGCAAGGAAAGCAAAGGGUCUGAAGGAAAUAUUUCUACUUCUUUUUUGAAGGAUCAACAAGGGACUUAUUCUGCCUCGGCCGUUUCGGAAGAUUGUAAUAAAAGUAAAUCUAGUUCUGCAGACCCGGACUAUUGCAGGAGGAUCCUAGUUAGAGAUGCCAAAGGUUCAAUAAGAGAGAUUAUUCUGCCUAAAGGACUUGAUCUGGACCGCCCCAAACGGACCCGAACGUCUUUCACCGCGGAGCAGCUGUACCGGCUGGAGAUGGAGUUCCAGAGGUGCCAAUACGUGGUGGGACGGGAAAGGACCGAACUGGCCCGGCAGCUCAAUCUUUCGGAAACUCAGGUAAAGGUCUGGUUCCAGAACAGGCGCACGAAACAGAAAAAGGACCAAGGCAAAGACUCGGAGCUGAGGUCCGUGGUGUCGGAGACCGCCGCCACCUGCAGCGUCCUCCGGCUCCUGGAGCAAGGCCGGCUGCUCUCCCCGCCGGGACUGCCCGGCCUCCUGCCCCCCUGCGCCACCAGCGCCUUGGGCUCCGCGCUGCGGGCCCCCAGCCUCACCAUCGGCACCACGGGCACCACCAGCUCAGGGACCGCGGGCGGCUCCCCGCACCCGCCAGCAGUGAGCAGCGCGGCUGGGCCCCCUCAGGCUGCGGGACUCCACGCCUCGCCCAGCGCCGGCCAUAACCUCUUCAGCCUGCCCGUGCCCACCCUCCUGGGCUCGGUGGCCGGCCGCCUGUCCUCUAAUCCCUUGACAAUGGCCGGAUCUCUGGCAGGAAACCUGCAGGAACUGUCAGCCAGGUACCUGAGCUCCUCUGCCUUCGAGCCCUACUCCAGGACCAACAAUAAAGAAGGCGCUGAGAAAAAAGCCCUGGACUGAC